GGGAGGUAGAGAGACCCCGGUAGUGACGGAGGCUCUCCGAUACCGGGAGGUGUUUUGCAGAUGGAGGUUUCAGAUUCGGGGUCCACCGAGCCUCCGUUUAUCAAUCAGCGCUGAUCGAUUAUUGAUGCCGCCGCUGCGCAGCCGCCCCGCGCGCGCCCCCCUCCAUCAUCACAUCCAUGUUGUCUGACCGGAGGAUGAGUCGGUAGGAGGCUAACAGCGAGCUAACAUUACCGAGCGGCUGACAGCACCGGGCGGGUUUCUCAUGUCUCUUCAUGUUCUGACGUCGUUUCGCGGAGCCGUUACCGUCACGAGCCGGUUGGGACCGGCUGUGGGUCCGUGCUCGGUGGGGAGCCCGGUUAUCGGGGAGGAUGCAGCAGCUAGCCUCGGCUAGCUCCGUUAGUGUUUAUUUCUCUGCUGUUAUGUAAGAGCGGAGCCGUUUAGCUGCCGAGCUAACGUUAGCCUGUCAGCAUGAACGACGCGCAGCAGAAAGACCAGCUGUCUCCAGACUUCGUCCUCAUGCGGCUCGUCUCCGCGGCUGAGUACGACCGGCUGGACGAGCCCGACGACCUGAUAUCCGGAGGCGGAGGCUUCGGGCCCGUGAAGUCCGUGCUGGGUCACCACGGCGGCGGCUUUGAUCUGGACCCCAGCGGCCCCUCGCCAGGCCUCGGCUCGGCCUCCCCGCACUACAGCUCGCCGCUCCCCGGGAAAGGAGAGCUGGACGGCGGACUGAUGCUGACGCAGGCCUCGCCGGGCUCGGAGGCUCCGCUGUCCCCUCCGCCGCCAGAGGACUUUGCCGUAGCGGCCCAGAGGUUUGUGGACUACCCGGUUCAACACGGUUCAGGGGGGCACGGGUCGAGAGCGCAGCUGAUGGUGUUUCAGAACCUGCUGCGCUCCGGAGACCGGAUCCUCGAGUGUGGUCUGGAGCAGCCGCCCCCAGGGUUUCUCCAGGAGGAGGCAGAGAGGCAGAGACAGCAGCUAGACUCUGGAUCAGGUCCUGGUCCUGGUAGCACAACAGCUGGUCCCGGGCCUGGAGGUGGUCGGGACCAAAACUCACAUUGCACCCCCUCUGCAGAGGAAAACCUGCAGUCACAGCAGCCACAGAUACUACAGUGGCACCCGGUACUCAGACUGUCAAAGGGGUCUGAUGGAUCACAGACAUCACAGGGCAUCCCGGCUCUGGACUCUGAGCCUGGGUCGGCCCUGUGCCACCGACACCGCUUGCUGACUGACCGGUUGGCUAAGUGGCCUCCAGGUCUGCUGGACCAAGCCCUGCGUCUGGGCCUGCUGGAACCUAGAAAAACCUGUACGUCUGGAGGAGAAGACCCGGUCCUAGCACUGGCACGGAGGCUGGGUCAGCUGGGUGAAGGGAAGGAAGGGGUUGGGGGAGGAAGUGGGGGAUGCUCAUGUCACAGUGUACUGGCCUCAGGGACAGGGGGCGAGGAUCCUAGUGAGACUAGUGAUGCCCUGCUGGUCCUGGAGGGUCUGGGGUCUGAAGAGGUUGGUGGACUUGAGGAGGGAGGGGACAGGGGGGAUAUGGGGGAGUCUGAAAAAGGAGACAGGAUGGGGGUCAUAGGGGGGACAUCGGAGGGCGCGGGACCUGUGUUCUCCAGUGGGACACUGAGCGGUCUGAUGCAGCAGGUCCACAGGCUGGCGGAGGAGGCGGGGGUCUGCACUGAUCAGUCCUGCCGAUCUUCGCUAGCGGUACUGGGUGCUACGGUGUCCCUUCCCAGUUGUGUAGACCCCCGUCCCACCAUCAACACCACCAACCCCCCCUGUCUUUACCCCACUAUCCACCCACAGCCCCCUCAGGCUGCAGCGGCCCUCCAGAUGUCCCCAGACUCGCUCCCGUCCUCCAGCCUUGCCCCCAGUCCGCGCCCCCCACACCAGCACCAGUCCCGCUCCCAGCCCCAGAGCCGCGCCACCACCCCCAAACUCGGCUUGGCUUCUGGAGGUCGCUGCGCCUCCCCUUUGGUGGUCCUGGAGGGGGAGAUGGGAGCAGGAGGGGGGAGAGAGGGAGAGAAGACGCCAAGAGGGAAGUCGAGGAAAGGAGGGUCCCUGAAGGUCCGGCUCAGUAAGCUGUUUAGAACCAAGAGCUCCAGUGGGGGUUCAGGGGGGCUGCUGGAUAAGAGGCCGUCUCUGGCGUCGUCGACGUCGUCUGGGGGGAGUCUGCUGGACGUGUGGGGGUCGACCUGCAGCACCACGGAGCAGGACAGCAGCAGACUGCAGGUCAGACCUCACAGUGCCUUCUCUCCGGUGCCCUUCACUCCUGCUUUCACCGGUGAGACGGUGUCUCUGGUUGAUGUGGAUAUUUCUCGGAGGGGGGUGAACUCUCUUCACCCCCCGACGCCUCCUCCACCGCCCAGACGAAGCCUCAGUCUGCUCGAUGAUUUCGGGGGUCCUCCUCAACAGCAGGGUCCAUUUAGUGAGCGCAGCGUGGGGGCAUCAAUGCAGUCUCUGCCCCCUCGACCAAUGGCACUGCCCCCCUCCCUUAGCACCAUCCAACACAGCCUGAGCCUCAACGACACUUUCCUGAGAGGUUUACCCAGACCCAUCCCUCUGCGUCCAGAUGGCCAGCACCCUCCGCCUCGACUCGCCCCUCGCUGUCCACUCAGCCGACCGGACACAGGCAGCUUCGCCACCAGCCUCAGAGAGCUGGAGAAGGUAUGGACAGGAUCGAAAUCUGGGCCACAGACUCACUUUUAUGAACUUUAUAGCUAUGUUGAUAACCGUGGAGCUCAUCUAUGUUUGUGUUUGUCACAGUGCGGCUGGUACUGGGGCCCGAUGAACUGGGAGGACGCAGAGAUGAAGCUGAAAGGGAAACCAGACGGGUCAUUUCUGGUUCGGGACAGUUCAGAUCCACGUUACAUUCUGAGUCUGAGCUUCAGGUCGCAGGGAGUCACACACCACACACGCAUGGAGCACUACAGAGGCACAUUUAGUCUGUGGUGUCACCCAAAGUUUGAGGAUCGAUGUCACUCUGUUGUCGAGUUCAUAGAAAGAGCCAUCAUGCACUCCAAGAACGGGAAGUUCCUCUACUUCCUGCGCUCCAGAGUCCCCGGUCUGCCCCCAACCCCGGUGCAGCUCCUGUACCCGGUCUCCAGGUUUAGCAGCGUGAAGUCUCUGCAGCAUCUGUGUCGCUUCUGCAUCAGACAGCUCGUCCGCAUCGACCACAUCCAGGAGCUGCCGCUGCCCACGCCUCUGAUCUCCUACCUGAGGAAGUUUUAUUACUAUGACCCUGAGGAAGAGAUCAGCCCCCUGCUGAAGGAGAGGGGGGCAGAGCCAAGCAGCCAGCCGGGGGUCCCGUCUCAAACGUAGCACUGGAGGCUCAGAGGACCACUCUUUUUCUUUUCUGUGAUUUUUCUGCGUUUUUUUGGACACUUGAUCACUGAAGGACGUUCAUACAUUUCAACCCGGACUCACAGAGUGCAGCCAAUCAGCUCGCUUCGCUCGGUCCUGUAUCCAGGCGGGUUUCAGAUGAUCCGCCCUCCUCUGAGUGCUCCGAUCGCUUCGUGGAGAGUCGACAGGGGAGGGACAGGGGAUGUGGAGACCCCGCCUCUCUUAUGAUGUCAUCACUGAGCAGCUGGACUAAAGGACACAUGACAUCACUGUUAGCAAAGAUGCUAAAUCGCUAAAAAAAAACAAAAAAAACCCAACAAAACAAAGCACCUCUGUGAGAGGAGAGACACUUUUAGUCGCCUCUGGGAUCCUUUAGUGUCUGAUGCCUGAAGAUUUAAACCUGCUGCAAUGUAAAAAAGUACACCACAACACUGGAGGUCUUUCUCAGCAGAAAUUUGUUAUUUAAGGAGGAUAAAUUACUCCAAAUUCUUCCCCUGUUGUUUGAUCCAUACAGGAAAAUAUUUACUGUUAAAUCUUAUGUACAAGGCACUUUUUGAUUUUACUUUUAGGCUAUUUAUAAGAGAGAAAGGUCAGUGGAUAGAGUUGAAAUAGGGCGAGACACUGGAAAGUGAUAAGUCACAGGUUGGCUGUCCCUUCAAGGAAAAACAUCAUUGUAUCCAGGGCUUGCAAGCUAACAAGUAGACCCCUGGCGCCCAGUUAGACACACUGUGAUGUGUAUUUUUCAACUACAGAGUUGGAUUGGCCCUUUAUACAAGUGCAACCAAAAUACAGGUAUAGAAUGCUGACACAUGCACAGUCAUGACCUUAAAGGAGCAGUGUGCAUUAUUUAGCCUGUUAGCAUUUAGUGGAGCAAACUCGGUGAAAGUGAAACAUAAUAUUUCUAAGUAGGCCUCUCUAAAUUAGCGUUAAAUCACCUCAAUAUAUGACAAUGUUGACAUGACUGAAUGACACUUGAGUGACAUGAUUUUUUAACUAAGAAUCAACCUUUUAUUCAUACAUACAUUUACUCAUUUAUUCAUACAUACAUUUCAUUCAUAUGGAGUCAGCCAUCUUGCAUGUUUCUACAGUACCACAGAAGGGACCGAAUAACACAAACCUUUUUUUUUUUACCCCACUGCUUGCUACUGCUACCACCAGAAGUGAGCAUCCCAGUCUAGAAUCUGACUGUUUUGUGUGGCUGAUAUACCCCAAUUUUACAAACUGCACCUUUAAGUGUAGCCGCUGCCAUCACACUUGGCUUCUGACCAGAUGAGAUUCAAAAUUAUUCCCCCUGUUCUACGUGUAUUGCAUGCCGCUUCACUGCACAAAGCAUGCUGGGAUACAUAGACCAGGCUGCCAGGGUCGCAUUUAACGGCUUUUCUCCCUCAUUAGAUCAUAAACGUGCAUUUUACCCCAUAAAGCCUGAUACUUCAAAUAGUAGCCAGAAUUUUUUUUUUUUUGAGCUGAGAUGUUCAUCUAACCUUCUAACAGGAACCCAAAAAAGAAAAAAAUCCAAUAACAUUUCUACAUUGCUACAAUAUGGCUCUUUUAUGUCAACUGCGGUAGCUAGCUCCCGUUUGAGUGCCAGUUUCCUUUCCUCCAUCCGACGUCAUUAUAUAAUCCACAUUUAAAAAGCCACGCUGGUACUAAGUAUUGUGAGGUAUGUUUUUUUCCUAAUAACAGUGCCUAAAUCAAUACUUUUUAGAGUAGAAGUGUGUUGAAAGUUAGCGGAAGAAUUUAAGGUAUCUUUUGCGUUCAAUACGAAAGGUGUCAAAUUGAAGUAUCGAUAUUUGUGUUGUAAUUCGGUCCGGUAGGUAUUGGAUGUGUUGGUACCAUGUCGAUAACAGAUUUCGAUACCCAUCCUUAGUACCACAUAUAAAGCCAUUUGGCACCCAGAUAACCAGCUCUACUGAGCAGAGCCAAAUGAUCUGGAUCUCUUAAAGGAGAUGGAUCUCCCGUCCCAAGUAGCGAGGCUGGAGGUUGGUGAGACAGACCUCAGCUGAGGAAACAUGGGUAAGAUCAGAGUUUAAUGAGCUAAACCCUGAAGUCGGCCCACUUUGUGGAGACAGACCAUACAUGAGCAUUGUGACACCGUCAUCCAGGCUUUAGACGAAACCUUUUUAAAUCCCUGCCCGCUGCCCUUUCUCCUUGCUUUUUUAAGCUUUUUUUUAACUCUUGCCAGAAUAUUUCACUGCUUUUGGGACACAAAAGUGGCUUAAUGAUAAAGAAUGUUUAUAUUAUCGCACUUUGAAUACUUUGCAUAGUCAUAAACAGCUCUAAACAUGGCCUUUUUAGCAUUUCUCUUUGCAGAAAUCACUUCUUGCCUCCCAAGGGGGGUUCUAUCUACGCUGCUGUGCUCAAGUUCUGCACAGAAAGUCAGCAUACGAUGAGUGUUCAGGGUCACACUUGUAGUGUGGCCAAGAUGGAACAUGACUUUGGUUGCAUAGUCUGACAUGGUGCUGUCAGGAACCACCAAAAAAAAUCAUGUAGUCUGAGCCCACCUUAAAUGUAAAGCAAAGUUGGCUGCUAUUGGAGAACAGGAGGAAGUAAUGUCCAAUAUAAAAGACUGGUAGCAAGGCACUUCUGACAUGAUAUGAAAAUAGGGAAGAAAUACUUAAAAACAAUUAGACAUAAUUAUGAUAAAGACUUUUUAAGUAUUUCAUUCCCCAUUUUUCAGUUUUUCAUGUUUGCAGUGCCUGGGUUUCUCUUUUUUUAUUAAAGACAUACAUCAAUCAUAGUUUUUAUUGCAGUGUUUUUGAUAGAAGUGCAUAAAAGUUUUGUUUUUAAGCAUAUCUUGCUUGGUUAAAGAUAAACUCAGAUGUAGUCUCACAGCUAAAGAUUCAUCACAAUAAUCCAGCAGAUUGAGAAAGACCUCUUCAGUGUCAAUGUCCGAUAAAGGUUGUCAAAAUGUUUGAUAUGUCCAUUCUUUUCAGUACCAUGUGUUUUAAAAACUUCUUUUAAUAAUCAAUAGGAUCAAAAAGUACAGAAACUCCAAAAAGGAGCUGUUUUUUUGUAAGACAGGUUCACUGGAAAGGAAUGAAUGCAUUAAGAAUAACUUGCAAAUUUGUCACAUUGUCAAAUCUACAAAUUCCACAUACUCCAUGUCUGCAGCGUUCCACACUUGCAGUGGUUUUGCUCCAACUGAUGGUGGCGCUGGAUCUGUUUUUGGAGCACAGCGCAGCCCUGAGGAGCUGGAGAUUAGCGAUCACAAGAUCAUUGUAGACCUGUGGUAGAGUAUAGCGGACCAAUUUGCCUUUCUGAGGUUGAUUUGUGUUUCAUUUUUGUUUUUUUAUUCUGUUAUUUUUUUGGCUUCUACCAUGGAUGAAUAUAUCAGGAAUAGGGAUGCAUGAUGUCAUAUUACUAUCAGCAGAAGUUGGUAUCAAAAGUUAAUUUUCAGUAUUGGCAGAUAUGAACAUUUCUGCUGAUUUUUACAGUCAAUAUUUUGGCCACAUGUAUGGAUAAGUUAGCGGAGUUUUAGUCUUUUUCCCUUCAUCUUAAUUCCUUAAACUUUAGAGCAGUGGUUACCAGCCUUUCUCCUGAAUUUUAAAGAUUGACAAGAAAAGGAGCAGUUAGUGUUUUUGUGCAAUUCACACGUGUAUCACUGUGCAGACAGAGUAUGUGUAAUUUGAGGGUUAGUUCACAGAAAUGUGCAAUCCAGAGUGUGUAGUUAUUUUCCUGCAAUUUUUGGUUAUCUGUUGAAAUCUAAAGUAUUGUGACAAUUUAACAUCAGAUCCAAAUGUUGAAUUCUUUAAGUUGUUUUAAGGUUUUAUUAUUUACAAUGUUAUUUAUUACCAUGCUGGUGAAGGCAGCGUUAAAGGUACUUCCACAUUAUUUACAGCUGAGUUUGGUAUGUUGGUGAAUGAAUAUGACUUUUUGGUUGCAGGAACUUUAAACAGUUUAAGCAGAAGGAUUAAGGUUUGUUUACAUUUUGUCUCAAUGUCAGAACUCUCCGGCUGCAGGUCAGAGUCUGUUUGAACCACCUAUCAAGAUUUGUUCAGACCUUAAGUGUCAAAAAUUCAAACAAAAUGUGGAUAUUUGAGUUCGAGGAGAGUCUGGUGAAUGUUUGUGUGUUUUCUGAACGUUUUUGAUGUUUUUGUACUGAAAAAAAUCACUGUACUGUCAAUGAAACACCAAAAAAAACCCAGAAAAAUGUCCUCAUCGGAGACAUCCACAGGAUCCCAGAGGCGACUGGCCGCACCGACUGCUGUGGCGACAUUACCAAAAAAUAAAAAACAGUAGAAGAAGAAAGCUCACGGCCAAGACUACUGAACUGCGUUUCACUGGAACAAGCUGGUGUUUGGAUAAACUGGAAUUUAUUUGAUUCAGACACUGAAGGAGUUCUGUCCCCAGCAGAGAGACUGGGAGCACUGGGAACACUGGAGCUGGGACGUGAGCACCCUGUGGGAACACUUCCAUGAUGUCAAAACAGAGAGGGUGGGGGCGGGGCACAAAUACAUCUGAAAACUGCACACUGAAGGACUGAUUGCGAACAAAUAUGUGUGUGGAGGGACAGUGGAGUCGAAAUCUGUCAUUUUUGUGCAGUCACCUGUUAAUAAACAGUGUGGGCGGGGCUAAUGUUAGUGUCAUUUAUUUACGCUCACAGGAGGCUUAUUAGGACUGUCGAAUGACUACAACUCUUAAUUGUGAUUAAUUUCUGAUUAUUUACAACUCACUUUGCAUUUUAAAACAAGUUUUUUUUGUUUCAGUCAAUACUUACAGUAUAAAUCAAU